AUGGAAGAACCGUCGGGCAUUGCGGCGCACGACGGUAAGCGCCCUGACGGGUGUACCUUGAUUCUUUGGAGAGCCGGCAGGUGCUUGGCGUGGGACGUUACUGUUCCGGGCACCUUUGCUGAGCGCUACGUGCAGCUUACUAGCAAAGAAAGCGGUUUGGCUGCAACCAGGGCAUCUGACGAGAAGAUCAAGAAGUAUGACGGAUCUCUCCCCUCGAUGGAGUUUUUACCGAUUUGUAUCGAGGUGCUCGGCCCCAUGGACCGUAACACCUCCGGGUUUUUCAAUCGGAUUUGUAAACAUAUCAGUAUUAGGUCAGGCGAUAGUAGGGAAUAUUUUUUCGCUAUGAAUAAUAUUUCGAGCAUUCUGCAGCGGUUUUUGCGCGUCUGCGUGUUGCAAAAUAUGGAGUUGAAUGCCGACGGGGUUGAGUGA